CCGCAUCCUCUCACUGCCUUGCUCCUCCACCACCACUCCUCCCCUUCUUCCUCCCCUUCCUGCCAGCCAGGGCACUCUCCCUCUCCCACCUCCCUUCGCCGCAGGACUCCAUGAGGAGUGCGCGGAUGCGGGUGUCUUGGCCAGUAGCAACAGUUGCGGCAGUUCCGCGCCGGGAGAAGCCUCGCACUGGGCGAUGUGGAGGACGACGACCUGCUGCUUCCUCAGUCGCGCGUCCUCCUCCGCGUCGUGGAGAGACGGCCAUGGCCGGCCGAUGCCCGAGCGUCGCCGGCCAAGGACCCGCCGGCGUCCAGACCCCCACCACGCCAUUCCCAUCUCGCCUAGACCUGCACAAGUCCCAUCUAGUGCCCGCGCCAUUCUUCGGCCCCCGGCCCGCAGCUCUGCAGCCCGAUCUCUUCAGCCGCCUCACGUCCAAAGCAGAGGAGAGGAGCUCCCUGCGACGAGCCUCUCCAGCGCCCAGCAAACCACCAGGCCGUCCCAGCCUCCUUCUCGCUUCGGCAUGAACGCACGGCCGUCGCGACGGCUCGCCGCAUUCCUGGCCUCGGGCGGCGCGGACGCCCGCUGCGACGCAUCACCCCUUCCUUGGCUCCUGCGGCGUGGACGCCAAUGGCAAGCGGCAGCGCUUGCCCGGCGGUGGAGAACGCAAAUGGAUAAGCGGUGCAGGGGUGUUUUUUGCAAAAACGAAGCGUUUUCUCGGAUACCCACUUAAAAUAGGACUGCGGGUUGAAUACUCAGAAACGGAGGUUUUUUUUUGCAAAAGUGACGACAACGUACGACCAGAAGCACUCCGUGCUUUAUUAGUAGGGAAAGAUUAUUAUUAUUAUUAUUAUUACUAGCACAAACGCCCGUGCGUUGCAUCGGGUGAAAAAAAAACCCACACUUCCCUAACCCAAUUGCUCAAGACCCCCUCUCAUUCCACGACACAACGCCAGGCAUGAUGGGAUGAAUAAACUCUUUGAAAUCGGCUGCCAUGAAAAUAUAUAUUGUAGAAAAAAUAUGCAUGUAUUUCGGUUUUCAGUUUAUUUGUAUUCGCCCCACAGGUAUGUCACAAAA